GUCUCUGUUUCAGUGCAUACAAAAGGGUUUAUCAUUUGUAAGCUCCUUCCAAAGAAUGGCGUCCAUCUUCAGGGCUUUCCAAACGAUUCUCAUCAUUCUAAUUUUAAUGCCUUUUCUCCAUUCCUCUUCUCGCAUCACUACCAAAACAACAAUGGCAGAAGAGACCUCCACAGCCACACAGGAGCUUCAAAGGAAUAAGCAGUUGAAUAGAUUAAGGGGAGGAGGUUCGGUUCUGAUUGUCGAAGAGAAAAGAGAAGUUCCAACUGGACCAGACCCACUUCACCAUAACUGUGAACCUACAACACCUUAAUCACCUUUUCUAUACAACACACUGGUGCCAAUGUCAUGUGGGUUUCCAUCAAGUUUUGACUAUCUCUAUUCCUUAUUUAGCUGUGGCUUUUAUUGUUCUCUGAACUUUUUGUCUUUGUAAGAAUUGGUCAGUUUUGUAUAUAUUCUAAUGAUGGGAGUUCUUUCUCUAUUCUCCUUUUUGUGAAACAAGAUAUAUUUCAUUUUUAGCUUGAUUUCUUUGGUCUAA